AGGUUCAAGUAAAGGAUGCCUUAGAUGUUUACAUUGAGCAUUGUCUCUUAUUGGAGCAAAGAAACAGAAAUGAUACAGAAACAAGAGACCCUAGAAACAAGUAUCCACCAGAACUUCUUCGGCGAUAGUAAGUAAAGCUGUGUGAUUGCAUGUGUUAUCAAUUAUAAUCAGUUGUCAUUGAUGAGGUUUUUAAAAAGGAAGCUGCACCCAGUUAAUAAUAUGCCAUCAGCUGUUUUAAAUUCAUGAGUUUCAAAGUGCAUAUUCUCCACACAUAAUUUCUUGAUAAUGUUUGUAGGUUUAGAUGAUAGUAAUGGAGGUGGUGUAAAUCAAAGCAGUUCCCAAAAUGUUAUGAUGCAACACCUGUGGAGCCCAUUGAGUUUU